AUGCAUAUUUUACAGAUAACCACCUUGACAUUUCUCACCCUGGCCGCGGCAGCUCCUGGUCUCCUACGGGAAGUUCAUUCUACAGAUGCACCAGGUCACGUAGCUGUUGUGGACACCAGCUCGGCCUCGGCUGUAACCCAUCAAAGUUUUACCAAUUUAGUUCACAAUGUUCCCGUUGCUCAGUCUUAUGCCUCCGACACUGCUCCAGUAGUCUAUACCGGUUACACUGCAGCUUUACCACUUGUAAAAACGAUGACAACGACCUUAGUGAAGUCCGACCCUGCACCAGUUGUUCACACCUAUACUGCAACUCCAGCCAAUCUAACCUAUGCUGCCACACCAGUCCUGUGUGCCACACCGUUGGUAAAAAAUAUCCAAGAUUUCCCAGUGAAAAUUUAUUAA